UGAAAGAGAAACUAAAAAAGGAGGAAAAGAGCCGCUUGUUUCUAGAGUCUUUUACAGAUCUGAAAGAUUUAGAAAAACCUCCACACCAGACAUGGCUUGCGCUAGUAGUCUAAUAGCCGAGGAAAACUUUCUUUGCUCUAUCUGUCUGGAUGUGUUCGCUAAACCUGUGUCGAUUCCCUGUGGGCACAACUUCUGCUUUGACUGCAUCACACACUACUGGGACACUAAUAACACUGUAGCCCUAUGCCCACUGUGUAAAGAGGAAUUCUACCAAAGACCAACGCUUCGGGUUAACAUUUUCAUUGCUGAGAUGGCGGCAAAGGUCAAGAAAUCUAUUCAAGAGCCAUUUUGUCCUAACCCUGAACAAGCAGGAAAUGGAAAUGUGCUCUGUGGUAUCUGUACUAGGCUAAAGGUCACAGCCGUCAAGUCCUGCUUAGUGUGUUUCAUGUCUUACUGUGAAACACAUCUGGAGCCUCAUCAGAGAAUAUCAGCCUUGAAGAAGCACAAGCUGAUCAACCCGGUUGAGAACCUGGAGAGCAGGAUAUGCAAUAAGCAUGACGAGCCUUUGGAGCUUUUUUGCAGGAUGGAUCAAAUGUUUGUAUGUGAGUCCUGUAAAGACAGUGACCAUAAAACCCACAAGAUAGUGAGUCUGGAGGAGGAAGCUCAAAUGAGGAAGGCCCAGCUGGGAAAAGAAAGGCAAGACAUGGAUCAGAUGGUUGAGGUGCGUCAGCAGAAAAUUCACGAGAUUCAAGGCUCAGUGGAGGCUAGCAGAAAUAAUGCAGCGGAGGCGCUGUCAUACAGCAUGCAUGUGAUGACUGCUGUGGUGCACUACAUUAAGAGAAGCCAGGCUGAGCUGACUAAGGUAAUUCAUAUGCAGCAGGAAAAAACUGAAACAAAGACAGAAUGCUUCAUUAAAGAACUGGAGGGAGAAAUUAUGCAAAUAAAGCAGAACAACUUGAAGCUUAAUCAGGUCUUACUCAACAAUGACGCCUUUGUUUUCCUUGAGAAUUUCCUUUCUCUCACCAUCACUCCACCCAAGGUUAAGGACUGGUCCGAUGUGACUUUAAACAGUGACCAGUUUGCCGUGCAGGGAGCCUUGACCAAGCUGGAGACAACAGUGACGAGAGAAAUCAAGAUGCUCUGCGAUCCCGACUUGAAAGAAAUGCAGCGGCAUGCUGUGGAUGUGACUCUGGAUCCUGACACAGCAAACCCUUGUCUUAAUGUUUCUGAGGAUGGGAAACAAGUAACGAAUGCAGACAGGAAGAGGAAUCUCCCAAACAAACCACAGAGGUUUGAUCAUGUCCUUAAUGUCCUUGCAAAGGAGGGUUUCUCCUCAGGAAAGUCUUACUAUGAGGUCCAGGUUAAAGACAAGACACAGUGGGAUUUAGGAGUUGCGAACCGGUCGAUCAACAGGAAGGGCGAUAUAAGACUCAGCCCUAAGAAUGGAUACUGGACUAUUUGGCUGAGAAAAGGAAAUGAGUUCACAGCCAAUACCGGCUCUACGAUUAACCUCCAUGUAAGGGAGACACCUCAAAAGGUUGGGGUGUUUGUUGAUUAUGAGGAGGGUCAAGUUUCCUUCUAUGACGUGGAUGCCAGGGCUUGCAUCUUCUCCUUCACUGGAUGUAACUUCACUGAGGAGCUCUUUCCGUUCUUCAGCCCCUGUUCCAUUGAUGGCGGCAAAAAUUCAGCCCCCUUGAUCCUUACUCCUGUCAAAUACAACAGCUGAGCUUGUGCUGUUUUGGGUUUGUGAAAGACAAUGAGACAGCACAAGGGAGAGAGAUCACAAUAGUAGAACACCGAAAUGUUUUUAGUGUUUCUAGUGUGUCAUUCUGUUUCUCCCAUCCAUCAGUGUCAGUGCUGUGUGCCACUAUGUGUCGCCUGUCACUGUAGAUCUCAGAGUCCCCAUGCAGCCAUCAGGACAUCAAUACACACACACAUGCCCCUGUGGGACACAGUCAUACACCUCCCUAAAUUAAGAAAAAAAAGAAGCUUGGCACUAACUAAAUACUUUUGCCUGCCAACAUGGCCACACCAAUACCAUUUGUUUUGUGCUGCUUGGACUGCCACAUAUCAGGACUGUUUUACGUAUGACAUGAUGGAUGGACCUGGUACCUACAGCAGGGUGAAAUAACUAUUAGUGUGUUUAAAAGUACUCUUUGACCUAGAUGCAACCUGCUAUAGAAAAUAAAUCAGCACUCUGGUGUAAUAAUUAGUGCACACAAAAUAAUAAAAGAAGAAAUUAAAGGACUCUUAUUAUUCAGUUCUUCUAAAUUGGCUCUGGAUAAAAAUUAUUUUCCCUACAAAUUAAUUUUAUUCAUUUGAAAAAGUAGUUAUUCAGUGGAUCAAUCACAAUGCCGGAGCCUGACUGGCACAUAAUGCCGUGUCCUCUAAUUAAAAUUAGCCAAACCUGCAAGGCGCAGGCUUCGCAGUUCAAAUGAUUAGGAGAGACUUAGCAACUGUUUAUUGAGCAGAGCCAAUUAAAGUCUGUUUGUUUGUUUGUGGGUACCAUUUAAUUCUGUUACUUUUUUUUUUACAGUUGUGUGUCUUUUUUUUUUUUUUUUUUUUUUUGACUUUCAGCAAGAGUCGUGUCAUCAAGUGCCUCAAAUCGACAUAUGUUUAUGUUGACCUGACAAACCUCUCUAACAGCCAGAAUUAUGAUGGGAGCAAAGGAAGAAGCGUAGCGUAGGGAAGACAUUGUGGUUGAUGAAUGGGUGAAAAAAAUGUAGUGUAACAUGGGAAACCGUUUUUUUAUUGUCCCGUGUUUAUUAUUAUAACAAUGACGAAGGUUUCCCUAACUGUAACAAAGUACUUAUUUUAACCCAAACCAUAACCAGCACGUCACUUCAUUGAACGGAUUUAUUUUUAAACAGUGAUUGUUACAAACAAAUCAUUGGCUGAUAGGGGAGUCAGGUCUCUCCAGAAUGUGUCUCUUAAAUGAGGUUAUUAUAAUCUCAUUUGGAUAUAAAGGUCACAUUGGCACAGUGAAUGUUGAAUCAAGAUGCCAGAGCUGAGAGACCACACACUGGGCAAAAGAGUGCGUGGAGCAGCUAGAUAAAAACCUUGUACUGUAUUUCCAUAUCAUCUCUUAAAAGCCUUCCUUUCUUUUGAUGAUCAAGCAUUCUUAUAUAAUUCAAGGUGUCAAAUCAUGUUAAAGUUGAGUCAUAUAUAUCUAUAUCUAUAUCUAUAGAUAUAUAUACACACCUAUGCUGCAACAAUUACUUGAUUAAUUGGUUAGAUAAUUAAUCAACAAUAAAAACAAACAAUUUAGGCUUCCAGCUUCUGUAAACAUUUGAUGCUGUUUUCUCGUAUAUGUGACUUUGGAUGAAUGUUUUUGACGUUUAGACUGUUGGUCCGACAUAACGAGGAAAAUGUAAUUCUAGACUGUAUACUGUACUGUAAAUUUGGUAUAUGUGUUGGAUAUUGAAAAUUAUCUGAUGUCUGCUGUUUAAUGUUUAACAGAAAUGUGAAAAUAUAAAAAUAAAAAAUAAAAGGUGAUUCAGGAAAUUGCAAA